CAGGUCUGAUUGCCAGGUAAAACACCGGGGGUUUCAUCCUGAAACUAUGCAGAGAACAACCGAAUUAUCGAGUGAGACUCUCUAGUUAUCCUCCAGACUGUCUCUUUAAGGAGCCUCGGCGCAGCAUCGCGCAGUUGCAUCAAUCUGCUCUCACAAGGAUUAUGCGCGCCCUCAUCAGCACCCUUCCCGUUGAAUAAGAACAAAUGACGGCUCCCGCUUCACCGAGGCGUCCGUGGGUCAAGCCAGCGGCGACAUGGGUGAUCUCCGCCAGACCAGAAAUGUGGAUGGUCGUCCGUCUGCAGGAGGCUGGUAAAUAGUGCAGACCUGAGUCAUCAGCCUAGCAGCCAUCUUUGUGACAGACUAGGAACCACAGCCUUCACCCAUGUCCCUGCCCGCCAGCAGGAAGACCCCUACAGGAUCGCGCAGCAGACGGGCAGGCGCCCCGGGCAGCUCCAGGCAUUCUCAUGGGGACUCCUCCAUCAGCACCUACUCCACUGCGUCUGCCAAGGGCAAUGAGUGUGUGCCCACAUCACGCUCACAGCCUGUCACACCCAGGCGUCAGGCCAAGCACUCCACAUGCAGUGACAACCACGGCAUCCGCCCUCCCUUCCCAGAGCAGUACCUGACGCCGCUGCAGCAGAAGGAGGUGUCCAUCCGACACCUGCGCUCCAGGCUGCGGGACAAUGUGGAGAGGCUGCAGGACAGGGACGUGGAGAUUGACGGGCUGCGUGGCCAGCUGGUGCGCAUGCAGGAGGACUGGAUCGAGGAGGAGUGCCACCGCGUGGAGGCGCAGAUGGCCCUGAAGGAGGCGCGGAAGGAGAUCCGGCAACUGCAACACGUGGUGGAGACGGUGCGCACCAACCUGGGGACGCGGGACGCCGGUGGAGGGGAGCACCCGCAUGCGGAGCCCCGGUCGGAGGGCUGGUACGGCGCCCGCAUGGGGGUGCGUCCGGGAACGUCGCGCUCCUGCGGCUGCUCUCCGGCACACACCAUGAGUCGCAGCGCCACCUACACGCGCCUGAGCAGCGACGCCUCUCCGACCGCAGCCGACCGCAACGGGAACGUCGGAUCGCCGGAUUCGAGAGUAGGCGGCGGCGUGGGGAUCGGAGUCGGGGCGGUGAAGAGCAAGACCCUUCCGAGGGGCGACGGGCGCACCCACCUGCUCUUGGAGGCAGGCCUGCUGACGGAGCAGCACCACCGCUGUCCCAGCAUGCCGCGCUCCUCCACCUACGAGCACCUGUGCAGUGGGGAGACCCUGCUGCCCGUGCCACACCCAUCCUGCUGCCACGCCCUCAACAACAACAACUGCAGCUGCAGCCCUCACGCCUACCUGCCCCACCACCACCUGUUCCUCCACCUGCCCCAGGACAACGCCCCUCCGCCCACCAUCCCCCCACCGCCACCACCUCCCCAGGCUCCGGCAGCGCCCCCUCCUCCUUCAACUCCGCACACACACCCGUCCUCCGCUCCAUCUGAGAGUUCGGAGGUGAGCGAUAGGCCGGGGUACCGCUCCCAAGCCUGCAGUCCCACCAUCACCUGGAUCUCAGAGGAGGGCACCACGGAGGAUCUGAGCCUGUUCACCGCUGCGUCAGGGGGGCCCAUCACCACCACCAACGCCACCAACGCCACCACCACCACCACAGCUGCCGACGCCUCCCUCCUCUCUGAAGCCACGCCCUUCCUGUCCCUGUCCUCUCCGACGCCCUCCACCGCCACCCCCCAGCCCACCUGCGUCGACAUGGCCGAACCCUCCCCCCUCGAUGGCGGCUUGUCCCUGGAGCUCCUGCCCCCGGCCUUCCUGGCCCAGCCCGCCCCCGAGACCCAGCAGCCUCAGCGGGCGUCUCCGUCCCCGCUGGCCGAGCAGCCCCCUCCACCGGCGCCGCGGACACCCCAGGAGGAGGUGCUGGUGCUGGAGAUGUCCGAGGAGGAGGACGACGUGCGGAGCCCCCUGAGCGCGGCCAGCAGAGAAGACGAGGAGGACGACGAAGGCGGGAACGAGCCUGUGCAGAGGUGCCACUGGAGCCGCUACUUUCUGGUGGACCUGUUGGCGGUGGCGGUGCCCGUGGUGCCCGCCGUGGCAUGGCUAUGCAGGGGCGCCGGUCGGCCCGAUCUGCCCGUCUAUCCUAUUGGCUCCCUACUGCGGGGGUGCUGCGCCGUUGCCCUGCACUCCCUCCGACGGGUGGGCAGGGGGCGGGGCAGAGGGAGGGGCCCGACAAACACAGGCGGAGCUACAAAUAUUUAAAAAGAUCUCAACCCGGACAGUCAGAUGAGACAGGAACAGAUUCAGUUCAGAUCACACACACACACACACACACACACACACACACACACACACACUACAUACGGACACUCACACACACUCUCACACACAGCACACUCACACACACUCACUCUCUCACACACACUCGCACACACACCGUACACGCGCACACACAGCUCAGACAUGAACCUGAUCUGGUGCAGAUCUUGUCCAGACUCCAGCUCCAGAGACCAGCUCCUCCUGCACAAACACCAACACCUCUCCACCCACAACACAGGAUGACUUCUGUACAGAAUCCCUCCGCACCUUUCUCUUUGAAGUCUUCAGCGUCUCCUCAAGUCCACUGCACCACAGCCACUACCAAACUAGUCUGAUGGGGUAACAGAUGUUGCUGUCCUGAAUAAAACAGCUGAAAUAGUCCCUGAACUCUCCCUCCUCUGCCCAGCCCCUGACUUCCUCAUCUGCCCCAGCACCCUGGAUUGGGAUUAAUGCUGAGUUAAUCCCUGAGAUUAGUGGCUAGCUCUCUGUUUAGGAGUCGUUGUGCAUCCUAUCCAUGUUUUCUGGGCACAUAAUGUAUUCUUGGGUACUGGGAAAUUUUAAGCAUAAAUCUGAUGUACAGUUGAUGAGAGUUUAAUUGAAUUUGUCUCUUUGAAACCCAAUGCAGUAGAGUGAGAAUGUCUUUGAACAGUGGAAUGUUUUCAGUGUGUUCUCAGUAUGGUUGCUAAGGAGACACACUUGUACAGGGCACAGGGCUCCCAGUACGGCUACUAAGGAGAGACUCUCUACACGUAUGACACUGGGCUUUAAAAGGGGGAAAACUGGGGGUGCCAGGAUGGGAGUAUUAUCUGAAUCCACCAUGGAUUUUAAACCUUGAGUUUGUGACCCUCAGGACAAGGUUUAUCUCAGGUGAGGAUAAAAUCACAACAAGUUCUUGGAUUCAGCAAAGACCUUUUUCCCCCCCCUACCUGUCCCCAACUUUUAAAAUGUGAGCACUCGCUGUUCCCAUUCUCGGCUUGUAAAUACAGUGUAGUGUGGAACUACUGUAGAAUCUAGGAUUAUGAACUUCAACAGCUUUGAUCUAGACUUUAGUGAACUCAGUCCUUCAUCUUAGGUCCCCCCCCCCCAUCACUUAAGAUACAAGUCUAGACGAGACUAAGGCUAGACUAGACUAGACUUAGGUAUCAGAACAAGGGCAGUGUGUUAUGUUUGAUUAAGUUGAAGAACGGGUGAUGUUGAUUUGUGUUCUGCAGUAUUUCUUGGUUAUGCUCUUUCUUUUGCACUAUGGUUCACUUUAACGGACGGGGGUUGGCAGCGGCUGGAGGCAGGGUUGCGGUGCAUGCGUCCAGUUGACUUCCCCACGGGUGAGUUCCGGUAGAUGUUUCUUUUGUGCUACGUUACUUCGAUGAAAGAUUUAUGCAUUUUUAAAUAAUAAACCAUUCAGAAAAGCAAUGACUCUAUCAUAACAUGUAAAGCAACAAUAAACAUCCUUUCCUCUUGUCUUUCUGCGACAUUGAGAUUGAGAUUGAGCUCCGAUGAAUGAAAAAACAAAACAGCACUGGAUAUGGCACUCAGGGUUGUCAAAGAUAAACCCUUUAGGGCUGUGAAUGCUCGUUCAGUUUGCAUAAACGCACCGUGUCUGCAAGAACGUUAUGAAAUGUGUAUGGAAUGAAAUGAUUAAAUAAACUAAGCAUUUGAUUGCUGUUAAAUGAACUGUUGAAAUGUUGUAUGGAACUGAAUUCAUCACAUCAAUCCUGAAAGUCAUAAACUAUGUAAUUUCAAUCAUUAAUGAAUAGAUGAAUAGACUCCAAAAGUAUUUUUGUUAACAAAAAUAUUUAUUGUAUGGUUGUGUUGACACAUAUCCAAGUUUCUGGUCAGCUCCUGAGAUGGAACUGAUCUGUCUCUCGUCUGAUCCAGAGGGGGGCUCAGCUGCUGCCUCUACAUUGCAAGGCUGAAAAAUGUAAUUUUGAAUUUACAGAGUUGUAACAACGCUUGUUUAUGAUAAAGCCAUUUAACCAGUGGAGUUAGGGGCCGGGGAGUGUGUGCUUUGUGGGAAAAUGAAACAGAAGACCAACAAACAGAAGGCUAUGAUCAUUAAAGAUAAAGAUUAAGUCAUUUGCUGUUCUUUUAAAAAAUAAAGACCUUUCUAAACCAAA